AUGUCCGACCGACCCGCGACUACAGGCGUCCGCAGCCUGUUGGCCAAGUUCGAAAACAACAUCUCGGCCUCCCCUCCCUCACGCGGCAGAUCCCCAGUUGGUGCCGACGGCUCUGCUGCCGUUCGUCCGCUUUCGAAAGUUCGCGCGAGCUUCAUUCCCGUCGAACGCAAUGGUGGCUCGGGUUCGCCGCUGGGAUGGCUGAGAAGGACCGAUUCGGGCGAUUCCCCGGUGAACACAAAGCCUCCCGUGACGCAUGAGUUUGGAGGCCCCAUUGACAAGUUUACGCCUCUGUCGCCUACGGGCUCUGUACGCAUGAACGUUUUCGGCAAAUCGACCCCUUCGACGCCAAUGACCGAGAAAAGGGAUCCGGCCAACGCAAACAGCACGAUAAAGCAUGAUAUCCCGAGCGAGGUUAUACAGGGUUUGGGGGCUAUCUUGAAGGGCUCGCCGUUUGAAGAUUCGAAGCCUCCGACUCCGCCAAAAAAGAACGGUUCUCCCCUGCGAGAAUUGGGUUCAGCGCUGCCCGAACCGAAAGCAACCGUGGCUCCCGCAACCAAACCAACAAGCCCACCGAAAGAAGCAUCUCCGCCAACCAAGGAACAUGCGCCCGACCGUAAACCAGCUACCUCACGCCCUUCAAAUCUAGUAAUCUCGAAGGAAUCCGUCAAUCAAGGCCGUAAGAGCGCAGUCAAUCGAGGCCCGAAGACGCCGCCUGCUCCUCGAACCCCGAAGCUUCCAGUUACCCCCGAAUCACAGGUUGCGAAACCAAAUGCGGCCAGUCCUGCCAUUACAAAAGAGACAGCCAAGGUUCCGUCGCGAGUCAACACUCCGAAAAGACCUGGUCGGUCGACUUUCAGCCCAGCGGCCCAAACAAAACACGUCAAUCCCAAUAGGGAUAAUGCCUCAAGACCCGGUUCGAAGAACACAUCCCCUGACCAGCCCAAGGUCCGCCACAAGUCUCCAACACGCCCCGUUCGGCUUCCCAGCUCGAUGACCGCCCCGACUGCAUCGUCCGCCGCGAAAACGAGUAACGCUUCCUCACGCCCUGCCAGUCGCAAUGGCGUCAACGUCGACAAUAAAGCCAUGCGUAAACCUUCCUCUCUACGCGUCGAUCGAGCGGUAAGCGGCCCCAGAACCACUGCGCCCUCGACAACCGUGCGAAAACAGCCCUCUCGUGCCGCACUCGCGCCGCCACCCAACAUAGGCGUUGAGAGACCAAAGUCGCGCACGAGCAAUGUCAAUGCUCGAGCACCUGAUGAGUCGUUCCUCGCAAGGAUGAUGCGGCCAACGGCGAGCUCCGCAAAUAAGGUGCACGAUAAGAUCGAAGCUAAAAGCCCUCCAAGAUCCACUCGAACAGCGAGACCUGUACGAAAACCAGCAGAUAAAAAUCAUGCCAAUUCUAACCAUCCGCCAAAGUCAAAAUCUCCCGAGGUAGCGAAAUCACCGGUUCAAAGCUCUCCAGACGCAGAUUCAGCCACUGAGACCUCAAUCCCACAAGUCCCUCAAGAGCCAGAGAGUCAAGGAGAAAUCGUCGAGCCGCCAGUGCGACAGGAGGAACCUGAUUUACCUGUGGCAGAAGAAGCUCCCGCAGCUCCGACUGUUGAGGCCAAAGAGCCUGAAGCGGCAGAAGUAUAG